AAUCUCCCCCCCGCGUACUUUACGCCCUUUUGACCGCUUCCAAAAGGCGGCCAGAUUUGGGCCGCCAGCAAGUCUCUUGUUCCUAGCAACACUUUCACCUUCACUUACUUAAACUCUAUCAUCCGCCACUGAACCUACAAUAUGAAAUAUACUCUAUCGCUGUCUCUUCUCUCUUACUCUCUGAGUACCCUUCAAGAAGACUCCGACAUCUCCUCAUCGUCCGCCCAAAGUAUACUUCACGUCUUAAUUCUGAACGACCCCUCAGCUUCAUCUCCGUCACUACGAUUCAUAAUCAUCACCGUCUCUGUACUUUUCGGUACCCUCUUUCCCUCCUUUAGAAACACACCACAUCGUCAUCAUGCCCGCCAGCCACACAUCCUCUCAGCAUAACCAUGCUGGAAGCUCGUAAGAUACUGCUUCCAUACUCCAACCGGCCCGAAGAAAAUAUCCUUUAGUCAGUGACUAACGUCUGGCGGCAGCAGUAGCAAG